AUCUGCAACAACAUGCAGGAUAACUCAAUUCUGGGCAGAGGCUAGUAAUUAGUAAUAAUAAUAAUAAUUAAAAGUGACAUGUUUUUUGGGAUCAAGAAUGUUUAUUAACCCAGGCAGUGGAUUUUUUUUAAGAAGCGAAGCAGGAAGUUUAUUUUAUUUGAAAACGUGUCACAAAAUACGAUCCAGACAAAUGUCUGGGACGAACUGGAAGGAAAUACAGUGCACUGAAGCACUGUGUCAGAACGUCCACAUCUGUCUUUAUUUAAUACGCUUAUAUUAUAACGCAAGUGUUUUUGAAGUGUUUCUAUAGCAACAGACUUUUACGAUGGAUGUUCCACGUAAACAGAUAAAAAAAAACCGCGUAUAACGUGUAUUAUUGUUGUGAAGUUUUCUAUAAGGAGAAGUGUGUUUAGUUAACAUUUCUGGAAGGAGUCUCCAGUGUCAGUGCUUUGUAACUUUAAGUUUUCUGAGUUUACGCUUUUUGCGUUUUUUCUGUAACAUGACAAGCUGCGGUUUUUUUUUUGGGGGGGGUUUUAUUUAGUCAUACAGAGGGAGAGAGGAGUCAAACACACGCUUGAAGUGGCACUACAUCACAAUACAACUCACCUGUUGAUUCAUUGGUUCCUUUUAGUCAUGUUGCGAUUAAAUGUACGUGAUUAAAGUUAGAGAAUCGUGCAAAAGGGAUGUUGAUGAAUUUUCAGUGAGAGCGUAACAAGAUAUGUUAAUCUUCUCUUCGAAAAGAAAAGCGAUUCAGCUCCCAGCGUUCACCUAAAAGAUUCGAAUCAAAGAGUCGACUCGUGACUCGUGACUCACAUCUCUUACGUAGAAAUUUGUCGCAGUAUCACUUCGACAUGGAUCAUUUCUGUGGUUUGUGGGACGUCCGCAGCUGAUGGACCUCGACUUCUCUCUCUGUCUGUCUCAUUUCCUGUCUAACGCCGGAAGGAUCCUCCGUAUCUGUGUGUUUGGGUUUUGAUUCUGCUGACAGAAUCUUAUUGCUGAGAGACAAGAGGAACAGAACUACUUUCACACUUUAUCUCUCUGUGCAUGUAUUUUGUAUUAAAGUAGAGCGUCGUAGUAAAGCAGCUAACAAACAGCUGGGAACAGCUAGCAUGAUUCUGCUUGUAUAUUUGUUGUUUUAUUGAUGAUUAGCAUUGCUAGCUUUUCGAAUGGAUGGUUUCAUUUUAAUCAGAUGGUUUAAGCUUUUCCUGAAUGCCUGAAUCCUGGACUCUUGAUGAUGGACUUACACCUUUAUUUUUCCUCUUCUGUUCCCUUCAGACGUUUUGUUUCCAUCUCAUUGGGCAGAGAUCAUGUCACGGCUGUCAUGUGGCAGUUCUCGAAACCUGGCUGAUGUUGACCUACAUUUGCUCAGCAGUUUUUUUUUUUUACUUCUAGCACAAACGUGAAGCGACCUUUAUCAAGCCCUUAGCGUUAGCGGUUGUCAGGGUCGUUAGAUAAGAGGCUGCGGGAGAGAUGAGAAAGCACACCACAAAGCUCACACUCACUAAAUGAUAAGAGCGUUAAGUUGUGACUAAACUCCACGUCUCGCAUUAUCACCUUCUCCGGGUUUCCUAGUUCCUCAAACCAGCCAUGCUAACAUUUUUUUAACGAAUGAUGACAAAAAGCAGGGUGUUAUCAGGACAAGAUGUUUUCCUGUUAGCGUUAGUGCUAACGCUUCGAUGGACGUUACUCAGAUCUCGAGCGAGGAAAGAAGUCUUGCUUGGACGCUACACUCUCACGGAUUUCCUCCAGGACGACUUGAAUAAAUCGACAGCCAGAGCUUGUCCUGCUGUUUCUGCGACUGACUUCAAUGGAAAUACAAAGGUGACCACCAGAGAUGUUAGCAUCCCAAUGUCACAUACAUAAGCUAACCAUUUCCAGAUGAUCAGCUAACCAGCCAGGUGGUGAGGACAAGAAAAGCAACCAAAACUACCUACUAGCCAACAUUGGUUUAGCGGAGGAGGGGAUCUGCUAGUGUCCAAGAUUGCUAGUGUGCAAAGUUUACCAGCUUUUAUUGGAAGUUUGAGUGCUGUGAAAUCGCAAAUGGGAAACUACAGCCUCCAUAGACGGCCUGGAUAGGAGAGGGAGUGAGCAUGGACAAGCUUUCCGAAUUUGGUGUCCUUUGUCCGUCCAGCAGGAGGGAAUGGGAAACCAGCAGCUGUGUGGAUGAUUUUAUGGAUGAAGAUGAGAAAGACAGGGCUAAAAGGGCAUCCCGGAAUAAAUCGGAGAAGAAAAGGCGAGACCAGUUCAAUGUGCUCAUUAAGGAGCUGUGUACCAUGCUGCAGGGCCAAGGCCACCCACGCAAAAUGGACAAGUCUACCAUCCUGCAGAGGACCAUCAACUUCUUGCAAAAGCAGAAAGAGAUCACGGCGCAGACGGAAACCUGUGAGAUUCAGCAGGACUGGAAGCCUUCCUUUCUCAGCAACGAGGAAUUUACCCAGUUAAUGUUGGAGGCAUUGGAUGGUUUCCUGAUUGCACUUAGGCUGGACGGGAACAUCGUCUAUGUAUCUGACAGCGUCUCCUCUCUCAUUGGGCAUUUACCAUCAGACAUGGUGGACCAAAACAUCCUGAACUUCCUGCCUGAGCGUGAACAUGCCGAGGUCUACAAACUGCUCUCAGCACACUUGCUCAUGAGCGACCCCAUCAGUACGGACUACCAGGAGGGCAAUGAGACCCAUGUUGAGUUCUGCUGCCAUUUAGUCCGAGGGAACAUCGACCCGAAAGAUGCGCCCACGUAUGAGUAUGUCAAAUUUGUCGGAGACUUCAAGUUCCAGAACAGUGUGCCUGCGUCAUCAUGCAACGGCUAUGAGCUGAUGUUCCCCCGUCCACUGCAGACCUCGCUGGAGGAACAGAUGUGUUUAGUGGCUACAGUCAGACUGGUCACACCACAGUUCCUAAAGGACUUGUGUAACGUGGAAGACCCAUGCGAUGAAUUCACAUCGAGACACAGCCUAGAGUGGAAGUUCCUCUUUUUAGACCACAGAGCCUCCCCCAUCAUCGGCUACCUGCCGUUUGAGGUGUUGGGGACGUCAGGAUACGAUUAUUAUCACGUAGACGAUUUGGAGCUCAUCGCUCAGUGCCACAAACAGCUGAUGCAGUGUGGGAAGGGGAAGUCGUGUUAUUAUCGCUUCCUGACUAAAGGGCAGCAGUGGAUCUGGUUGCAGACGCACUACUACAUCACCUACCACCAGUGGAACUCCAAACCCGAGUUCAUCGUCUGUACACACACUGUGGUCAGUUAUGCUGAAGUCCGGGCAGAGAGGAGGAGAGAGUACGGGCUGGAGGAGAGCUCUGAUAUGUGCACCACCUCAGUAAAGGGGCAGGAGGUGUGUCUGGAUGUGUGCGCGCCUAUGGACGCACCACGAGACAGAAUCAGCAGCGCUCGAUCAGCUUCUUCACACAGCUCACGCAAAUCCACACACACUGCACCGUCUGACUCGGCAUCGAACUCUUCAGUCCGGUAUAAAGAAAGCUGCACUUCAUCACGGCAGUCAGUGUCUAUACCAGCCGAGAACUCUAACAGGCUGAGCCACGGAGCCUCAAAGACCCUGAUUCAGGGACAAGCCUCAUUGGAGCCCCUUCCCCCCUCCCCCUCCUGCAGCCAAGCCUCUGUCAUGAACCAGGCGGUGUGUGCAGGUCUCCCCCAGCCUCAGUUAGGAGUGAUGCACCAGCUGACGGAGCAUCUGGAGAAGAGGAGACUCAUCCUGCAGCACGACAUCAAAACCCAGCAACAGGAACUCCAUCACAUCAAAGAGAAACUACAGCUCACUAACCUGCAGAUGUUGCUGCAGCAUCCGGUGCAUGUGGAUUUUCCUCAGCAGCCUUCAGCUCCAAACAGCCAGUCAGGAGUCCUGCACCACAACAACACACAACACCCCAAACCCCCACACUGCACACCACACACAGCCUCAUCUCACACACUGCACCAAGAGCAGCCCAGCAGCUCCAUCGCACAGCAGAGGCUGGUGCAGAUGCAGAGUGUGUGUGUCCCAGUCCAAACACACACCAGCCUGACGAUGCCGCUCUACAGCAACCCCAUGAUGUUCUCGCCGAACCAGGGAUACCGAAAUACAAUGGACACACACACACACCAUACACACCAUGUGCAACACACACACCGGCAAACUGACGCAGACAACGGGACUGACGGACAGCUACGGAUGCUGUUAAACCAGCCAGUGCAGAAUCUGGUUCCAGACAGCAGUGGAACACCAACAUCACACUGCAGCACCACCAUCCAGCAAACCAAAUAUUUGGACCAGCACAUGAUGGCCCCCUCUUUCCCAGUGCAGCAGGUCAGCUGUAAUGCUGUUCUAGUCCCCUCCCCCGUGUUCACGUCACCAAUCGUGAUCUCCCACAACAGUUUUAUCACUCCUCGAGCCCCGCCCACCUACACAUCCAACCCCCAGAGCAAUCAGCAGGGCCUGCACAUCCAACAGCAUCAGCAGUUCUUUCAGAUGCAGCCACAGGGUCUCAUUCAGAGCGGCCCCACUCAGGCCUUUUUCCACACAACUAACGUCCAGCCGCAAAGCACUGUGGGAUACGUUCAGCAGCAACAACCACAACAACAACAGCAGCAGCACCUUCAUUCCCAGUCUUCAGCAAGCAGCCUAUCAGAUUACAGAAACAUACUUCCACGGUAGCCCCACCCCUCUGUGGGAGGGGCCAGAAAGGCUGCUGGGAUAGCGCAUGGAGCGGUUGGCUCCGUGGCCCAAGAGGAAAGGAUGCUGGGAAGGCAGAGCGCGUGAAAUUCACCGCCAAGCCUAAAAAAAAAACACCAAAGCCGAAAUCCCUCUGUGCCACGAAAAUGGACGUACAGUGUGGCGAGUUGAGAAGCUCCGCCCCCCCAGACACUGCACACAAAGGAUGUUGUGGCUGUGGGAGGAGCUAGCUACAGGUCACAGGAAAAGCCACGCCCCCUGACCCUCAACAGAGGUGUCAUGAGGUAACUGGCGGACUGAAGAGAGAAUAUUCACGAUGACGCAGAAGAAAAAAAAAGUGCUUUUGUAAAACCUGAAGUUUUAUAAAUUAUGGGUUUGUGUAGUUUUUUCUGUCAUGUUUUGUUUUAUUUCUUUUUUUUUCAUACCGUUAUGAUGACGGUUAUGGCAUUAUCAGGUUUGUGCUCGACAUUAUUGCAAACGGAUAUAAAUAUCGUGAUGUUAGCAAACAAAAACAAUGCGUUCACACUGGUACUGAUAUGAAAUAGUGGCUGGAAACUGUUCAUUUUUGAUAAAAGUUGCGAUUUUACAGCAACAGGAAGCAGAGCGCGAAUUGGUGAAGUGAAGUGGGCGGGGCUGGGUGACGCUAUAAAGUCAGGUACAGUUUGUUUAUCCUUAUGCAAAUGAGAAACAAAUACGGCAAAGACCAACAAAAACUACGAAAGAGUAUGACUUAGGAUGCUUCAUGUAUGUAAAGUUAAAGUAUUUAGCAUAAAUCACAGAACAUCAGUUGGUUCGGAGUAGCCAGUUAUGUAUAUUAAAAAGUAUUUAUUGAACUUGAGAAUAUUAACUGCUUUGAAUGUAUAAUGAUUUUGAGUGUUGCUAAAUAAAUGCACAUGAGACCAGUCAGUGAAGAUGCUAGGCGCUGUGAGGAGAACCGUAUCAGCCAGCACUAAUCUCGAAUAAACUAGCGACAGUUAGCAAAGUGAGGUGAUGAAGGAAGGUAAAGAAAAACUUGGUAUAGAAACAAAAUCACAGGAUUAGCAUCAGAAAAAUAGUCCCAUUUCUAAUUAGCUACUGUUUAGCUAAUUUUCAAGCAAACACACUGGACUUAUCAAGGAUUGAUAUUCACAGUUCUGUUCAUAAAAUAAUUUUGUUAACGCCAACAGAAAAAGAAACUAUAUUAAAAUAUAUGAACGCAGCUAUGAGACCAACCUGACAUUUGAUUGUGUCUUUCGUUCUUUUCCUCUGUACAUGAGGCUCAGGCUUCAGUUGGGAUUUCCUGGAUCAAUAAAAGCUGACGGUGAAAUAAACUGAA